AAAGAGACCCAAGAUGGCGAUGACACAGCAAUUAUGUCGGAUGGCCAAUCUGAUCAUGAAUCAGUCUCUUCUAAAUACUCUGAUUCAGCAAUCUCAGAACGCAGCCUUCACAAGAUGCUGCAAGACCUCGGAACCUUGAUUACAGCUGACUUCCAUCGUAUCGACAGCGACCUGAGAAGAGAAAUCUCUAACUUGGGAGAUAGAACUAGCCACUUGGAAAACAGGACUGAAGAACUAUGCGUUGCUCACAACGAGGUCGUUGACGAAAUACAGAAAAUAUCAGAAGAAAAUGCUGCACUAAAAUUAAAACUAGCAGAUAUUGAAGACAGAUCACGGAGACAAAACAUCCGUUUCCGAGGCAUACCGGAUGAUGUGUCCCACGAUUCUCUACCAGCGUACAUUCUCUCUAUAUGCAAAUCCCUGGUCCCAGGCCUUCCUGACUCCGCAUGGGCCUUCGACCACAUGCAUAGACUCCCACCCAGCACAUCUAUCAGGCGAA